AAUUGUGUGUCCAUUAUGGUGACACCCCACUACAAUCCUGCCCACCAAUGAGACCUGAAUUUUAAUUCCUCCAACCUUGAGAUCCAGCACUUAGUCAGUUCUUAUAGCCUUGUGACAGAGAGGUUUGUCGGAUUUAGUUUGUGAAGGUUGAAAAUGGUGAGGAAGUGCUCCCAUUGUGGCAAUUAUGGCCACAAUUCUAGGACUUGUAUCAUCACAAGAGCCAUGGUUGGAGGAGGGGGAGUGAAGCUAUUUGGGGUAGAGCUGCACAUGGCUUCCGCGAUGAAGAAGAGCUUUAGCAUGGAGUGUCUCUCCCACAACUAUCCUCCUGCUACUUCCCCUACAUCAUCGACAUCUUCCUCCCUUGGCUCAGUCAAUGAAGCCACUGAGAGGAUUUCUAAUGGCUAUCUCUCUGAUGGUCUCUGUGGCAGAACUCAGGAGAGGAAGAAGGGUGUUCCAUGGACUGAGGAAGAACACAGACAAUUUCUUGUGGGACUUGAGAGGCUUGGAAAAGGAGAUUGGAGAGGCAUCUCGAGGAACUUCGUCACCACAAGAACCCCAACACAAGUAGCUAGUCAUGCUCAAAAGUAUUUCCUCAGACAAAACAGCCACAGCAAAAAGAAGCGUCGAUCGACUCUCUUGGAUGUGGCUGCGGCGAUAGAUCUGAAUUCACCGAUCGAAGAAGAAGAAGAAGAAGAAAUGAUUCAUCUGGAUUCUUGCCCCUGUCAGAUGCCCAAUUCAUCUGGUGAAGUCUCACAUGCACUAGAUCUGGAGCUCAGAAUUUCAAGCCCAAGGUUGAACCAGAAUAGUUCAUCACCUAAACUUUAUGCCUUGGAGCCAUAAGAGUCACUUGAACUGUUUCUUGGUAGAAUUCUGCAAGCACGAAUGUAAUUGAAGCUAAACAAGUGCUUUCGACGCAAACUUCGUUUUCCUUUUUUCAAUUAAUUCGUCAAUUUCAGAUAAGGUGAUAGUAGUUUUUUUCCGGAUGAAAUGAUUAGUAAUCCUGUCUGAAAUCGAUGGAGAUGAAGUGCUCGAUAUGUGAUGAAGACUCCUUAUUGUCCAAAAAUAACUCCGAAGCAUUCUUGCAUAUCAAAAGGAGUGUUACCAAUCGAGUCAAGGAAAGGGUCUCAGUGUAGUCCCUCAAAGGCUCAAGGCAGUGAUCGGCAGAAGAUAAUGAACAAUAGGAAGAACAGUGGACGCAUAUGUAAAAUUAUCUAGUCUCGUGUUGUCUAAGCGUACUUGUCCCUUUUUAUAGUGUUAUUAUUUUUCUAUGCACAAA